GAAGCUACAGACUUGUGUGUGUGAUGGAUGGAGAUGGGAUGGUGUUGCAGGGUUGCAGAUCAGGUUCAGGUUCUGCAUUGACCGCUUGAUAGAAAAGUUCUGUCACCCUCAGUUUGCUGUACAAUCAGGCAAUCAUGGACUCCAGCAUCGUGGUGGAAAACAUCUACCUCCUGGUCAUCGUCACACUCAUCAGCGUACUCCAAAACGCGUUUUUUGCCCUGAAGGUGGAGAAAGAGUGCAAUCGUCAAAACACCCAGGCGGCUGGUUUUGAACGAGUGUCAUGUGCCAAUCGAAACUGCAUGGACGCUUAUCCCACCUUCCUGGCAGUGAUGUGGUGUGCCGGUGUGUGUCUUAACCAAGCUCCUGCUGCGUUCGCUGGCAUCAUCUACCUGGUGGUGCGACAGAAGUACUUUGUUGGAUACAUGGGACAGACCUCUCAAAGCACUCCUGGCUACCUGUUUGGGAAACGUGUGCUCUCCUUCCUGGUCCUGAUGUGCGUCGUGGGCAUUUUUAACUACCUGUUGGCGCGUUAUUACGGCAAGGACCACAAGGACUACGUGGAAACUAUCACCAGCGCUGCCUCUGCUCUGCUCCUCAUCCCUUAAUCCAGUGUGUGUGUGUGUGUGUAACAUCACAAAGCAUUCAAAGACAGAGAACACAACACGGGCUGUUUAUGUUUUUG